CAGGAAGCCAGCAUGUCUUCCAUAUCUGCAGAAAACAAGGACUUAUACAUCUGAAGGACGCCACAUACUCACCUUGAACGCACUCCAGCCAUUUUUAGCCAAAAAAUGAAGCCUCCAAUACUGCUGUUUUGGAUUUUUGCUGUGCGUGUACACACUUUUGUGCUCCAGCCGAGUGUAAAUGUGGCAGUCCUGCGGAAUGUAUCCGUAGAAGGUGAUCUUUGGGCCGAACAGAGACUUGAUCAGUUGAUGGAGGCUCUCAGCACUGGAAAGGAGAAAAAAAGUGAAGAAAAAGCCACAAUCCAAGUGGUGGAUGAAGAAACAGACACAUUUCACAGUAAGAGAACCGAAGAGCAUGAUAUGAAGAAAACAGAAAGCGAGAAACAAACAAGAGGGCACAACACAGAAAGUGAAUUAAUAAAGAAGGAAGUCAAAGAAAAAGAGGAUCAGCCAGGACAAAAUUUGUCGGAUGCAUUCUUAGCCAAACCCGUCCUCAUUGCAUGGAAUACCACCUAUUUACAAGAAGUGGAGGGUGAGGAACAUCUAUCUCCAACAGUCAAUCAAUAUACCACUCCUGCCAUGGCCACUGCCUUCCAACCUGUCCUGCACUUGCUUAAAGAAUCAGUUACUCUACUUCCAUCAUCCCCCUCCACAUCUCAAAGACAAGCAACUGCUGAGACCUUGUCUAUCAUAAACAAAAAUGCACUUUCGUCCAAAACUACAGUUCACAUUGUAAAUUCAACUGCUGAGGCAAUGGAAACCACCUUACUAGUAAAUGGAAGCAGCACGAUUGAUGACCUUAGAGUGGAACUCUACGUAACGAAUGGCUCUAAACUUCAACCACUGGAGGAAGUGAGUGUUGAUGUCACAGCAAUGGCAGCGAGGGCAGGGCCCACUGCAAAGGCCCCUCCGAGUACUUUUUUGGCAAAACUCCCCAAAAAAGCAGGAGGUGCCAAACCUAAGGACAAUACAACACUAAAAGCGAAGAAAAAAAAGGCAAUCAAAAGAAAGGUGAAGAAAACACCCAAAGUUUUGAAAAAAGCAAAAAAGGCAAAAAAGUUCAAACGAGAGCGGAAAUUGAAGCCAACAACACCUUCGUAUUUUCCCUAUUUUGAAGAUCACUACUGUCCAUCAGAAUGUUCCUGCUAUGGGAGGGUUGUGCAGUGUUCCGACAAAGAUUUGGGAAAAAUACCAUAUGGAAUUCCAUACAACUCCCGUUACAUCCUCUUAAUGAACAACCACAUCGAUAGCAUUCAGUUGAACUUGCUCUCCGAGUACAACUCCAUGGAGUUCCUGGUGUUAAGCAACAACCGUUUAACAGAUGCGUCGAUCGAGGGUUCCUUCGAAGGGACCCAGGGCCUGAAGAGACUAUACGUGGAGCGGAACCUUCUCCGAAGCAUUCCCACUGACCUGCCAGUUACUCUCGAGGAACUACGGUUGGAUGGGAACCAGAUAAGUGUGAUGUCUGAUGCAGCCUUCGGACGCUGCCCAGGUCUUCUGAUCCUCAGCCUGAGCAACAACAGCCUGGGGAACAAAUCGUCUACCAUCCCUCCGGGAGUUCUUCUUCCUUUGGGAAAACUGCGAACACUUACACUUUCCUACAACCAGCUUUCCUCUGUUCCGCUGCAGCUGCCCCUCAGUCUUCAAGAACUCUACCUCAGAGGCAACCGCAUUCAAAGUCUUCAAGGCGACAUGUUCUGGGGUGUGGCGGAGCUGCAGGUGCUGGAUCUAAGUGCAAAUAGAUUGACCAAUAAAGGACUUGGGAAAGCAGCACUACAGAAUGCCAGUAACCUUGAGAGUUUAAAUUUAGAGGGCAAUUCUUUGAAGCAGGUUCCUCACAAUCUACCCAUGACCAUAAAGACCCUCAACUUGGAAGGAAACUUAAUUUCUAGCAUAACUAAGGAUGCUUUUAUUUCAAUGUCUCAGUUGGAGCACCUAGGACUAGCAAGAAACAAGAUCACCAAGGUGGCCCUUGGUGCCUUCCGAGUUCUUCCACUUCUGCAUCAGCUAGACAUGAGUCACAACGCCUUACAACAGGUUCCACGGCAGCUCCCAUUGUGGCUGCACUCUGCAACAUUUGCGAACAACAAGAUCCAUGCAAUUCCAAGUGAUGCUUUCUGUUGGGGUCGAGGCAACGAGUCUCCCCUUAGCCGCCUGGUCAAGGUGCACCUGGAAUAUAACAUGAUAGAUCUGGGCCACUUGAACACAUUGGCAUUCCGAUGCCUCCGAGGCUUUCAGGUGGUUCAGUUUUACUAAACUAAACUGAUUGGGAAGCACUUGGUUUUUCUUUCUUGUCUCGACUGAAAUCCUUUAACAGAGCCAAGCGGCAUCUGGUAUGAAGGCAUCCUUUAUUUUUUGAUAAAGACGAAUGAAGAGUCUGAAAUUUGCAAUUAGUGAUGUAGACUGUAAAUGUCAUAUAGGGCACAAAUUGUAUCCAGGCACUGACCUUAAAAAAUAGGAUUGUGUAGU